AACUGGACCCACCGACUCCCAGAAGCCGACCCCUCCGCCCGGAAGUCGAGGCCAGAAGUACCCACGGGGCAACGUCACUUCCGCCGCGCUUCCUGGAGGCGCCAAGAUGGACGCCGCGCGGGCCCGGGAGCAGCUCCGGCGGCGGUACCUGUUCUCGCCCGACGCCGAGGCCUCGCUGGCCGGCAGAGGCUGCGCCGGGCCGGGAGCCUCUGCACCUGUUGAGAAAAAGCAAAAACCUCUUCCAAGACUUAAUGUCCAUUCUGGAUUCUGGAUAUUGGCAUCCAUUGUUGUGACCUAUUAUGUGGAUUUCUUUAAAACUAUUAGAGAAAACUUUCACACUAGUAGUUGGUUUCUCUCUGGCGGCGCCUUGUUGCUUGUCAGCGUGUCCAUUGCAUUCUACUGCAUUCUCUAUCUGGAGUGGUAUCGUGGGAUUGAAGAUUAUGAUGUCAAGUAUCCAGCCCUGAUCCCCAUCACAACUGCUGCUUUUAUCGUGGCAGGGAUUUGCUUCAACAUCGCGUUAUGGCCCGUGUGGUCGUUUUUCACUCCGCUGCUGCUGUUUACCCAGUUCAUGGGCCUUGUGAUGUUCAUCUCACUCCUCGGGUGAUUCCUGCAGGUUCAAGGGCAUGCAAACUGAACCAUUAAACAUCCAGCUGGCUGGCAGCGUUCCAAAGGGGGAAAAGCUACAGUGUUUCUGCAUCCUGAAUGUUGUAGGUGGAUUGCUCACUCUUCACUUAUGCGGUGACGGACGUGUCCAUGUGCCUUUAACCCGGUAGCGGUGACUGUGGACCUCACUGUGUAAUGCCUUCGCUAGUGAGAGGACCAACCAAACGUAUUCUAUGCAUUCCUCUUUGGAUUUUACCAUUAUAUGUAAAUCAUUGGGUUUUCAGCAUGUUUAACAUAUGAACUUUUAAUGAUUUCUAAGUAUGUAUAAUUAUUUUCCUUAUUUGAAUAAAAUAUUUUUAUAACUUU